AUAAUCAAAAUCAAUCAAAUUUAACCAAAUAACCAAACAAUAAGAUCUGAAGACCAAUCUUCAAACGAAAGGAAAAGAGCUCUGUUUCCCAGUUUCCCACCAUCAACGCUCGCUACUCCUCCCCCACAGUUGCUUCUGUAAGGCGGAGUUUCAAUAUUCCCUCGUCAACCUUUUCCAAAUCUCCACCACUCGUCGUCUCCGUCCGAUCCCGUCGUUUUUUUUUGAAAUCGGGUCCGUUCGGAAUUGGAACUACAGUCCUCCCUCCCAAGAUCCAUAGACAAGGCGAGACCCGAAUUGCAGAUCCAGUUAAAUCUAUCCCACCCAUUGACCCAGCAACGAAAUUUCACCCCAGAUUAGCUUUAUACCCCACUCAGGGGCUGCAAUUUCCGCAGCCCCUUUUUUGUCAUUCAAGCAUCGUUGCACGAACCAUCAUCAUCAUCCCUGAUAACGAUUCAUAUGGAGAAGUAUAGUUAUAUAUAUGUUUGUAUAUUAUACGGAAUGUAAUGAUUUGUAUACCUGUAAAGUGUGUGUAUAUAUGCUUGUAAACGUUAACAUUUAUGUUUCAGGGGAAUUAGAUCAAUUGUGUUCCUAAUUCAGAUUUUGAAACCCUAUUUUUCCCCUCAUUUUUUGUUUUUUUUCUUGAAUUUGUUUGGUGCACGGAAUUCGUAUGCUAUAUGCAUAUUUGUAUGUGUGGAUGAAUUGAGUAUGAAUAAAGUCGGACGGCUAUGAGUGGCUGGAAAGUGGCGAUUUGAUGGCGGCUACAACAAUGGCGACUGCGGCUGGGGCUGUGAUUCUAAUGUACUAUGUGCUCAGCCGGAGGUUGUCGGGGAAGGAAGAAGAUGAAGCUGGUGGAGAGUACUCGAAAUCAGUUGGUUGCCGAUCUGUUGAAAGGAGACUGUCUAGGAGGCAUGCUCAGGCUCCUGCAACAUGGCGAGAGACAAUUUCUACUUUAGCAGAGACACUUAGAUUUACUUAUUCAGAAACACUGGGAAAAUGGCCUAUUGCGGACUUGGCUUUUGGGAUUAAUUACCUCAUUAGAAAGCAGGGCAACUUAAAAGUUGCAAGUGUAUAUGCGGGCAAUAAUUGUUUGCAGCUGAAGGGUGCUGAUAUUAUUGCUCAGUUGUAUGAUUACUUAAGAUUGUUGACCCUUUGUUAUCUUUUCUCAAAGAAACCAUUCUCUAUUUUUUUGGAGACUGCUGGCUACUCUCCAGAAGAUGUCCUUCUUCAAAAGCCUAAAGCAGGGCUUCUUAAACCCGCCUUUACAAUUUUACGGGAUAAAAAUUUAAAAUGUUUUCUUCUUCUAAUUCGGGGCACUCACAGUAUCAAGGAUACAUUAACAGCUGCAACAGGUGAUGUUGUUCCUUUCCACCAUUCUGUAUUAAAUGAUGGUGGAAUUGGGAAUCUUGUUUUGGGAUAUGCACAUUGUGGGAUGGUUGCAGCUGCCCGUUGGAUUGCAAAGCUCAGUAUUCCUUCCCUUCUCAAGGCACUUGAGGAAUAUCCAGAGUAUGAAGUGAAGGUUGUGGGUCACUCUCUUGGCGGUGGCACGGCUGCAUUGCUUACCUAUAUCCUUCGAGAGAAAAAAGAUUUAUCUUCAAUUACAUGUGUUACAUUUGCACCAGCUGCCUGUAUGACAUGGGAGUUAGCGGAGUCUGGAAAGCACUUCAUUACUACAAUAAUCAAUGGUGCUGAUCUUGUGCCUACAUUCUCAACUUCUUCCAUAGAUGUUCUGCGCACAGAGGUGACAUCAUCAUCUUGGCUUAAUGAUUUGCGUGAUCAAGUGGAGCGCAAUAGGGUUUUAAAAGUUAUUUAUCGCUCUGCCACCGCACUUGGCCCAUCGAUAGCUGUAGCUAAAGCUAGGGUUGCUGGUGCAGGUGCACUUCUGCGUCCAGUCUCCAGCAGUACUCAGGUUGUGAUGAGGCGUGCGCAAGAUGUAGCACAAGCAGUGGUCAAGACCACCAGACCUUCUCUAUCGGCAUGGUCAUGCAUCGGUCCACGUCGCCGUGUUGUUUCUCAACCCCCAAUUUCUAAAACAGAGGAUUUGCCCCCUGAGUCUCCCCUUCUAACUCAGGCAACACCACACAUGGAGGAGACAGACGACGAGGAUGGGGAUGAUACACCACACAAGGAGGCGAACAAAUGUGUUGAUUCAACCGAAGGGGAGUUAUGGUAUGAACUGGAGAAGCAACUAGAGAGACAAGACAAUGACACAAUUCAUGGACAUGAAGAAGAAGAAGAAGAAGAAGAAGCAGCCACUGUAGCAGCAGCAGCAGCAGCUAUAGAAAUCACUUUGGAGGAGGAGAAAGUGGCGCUGGUCGAUGCAGUAGGAAGCCAGACGCGGGUCCCACCGUUUCCGGAUAACCUCCAAUUCUAUCCUCCGGGGAGAAUAAUGCAUAUUGUGGCAGUUGAUUCAGGGGGUAACGGCGAUGGUUUGAAGGAGGAGGAGGAGCGUGUUGGCAUCUACCAGACACCAAGAGAUCUGUACAGUAAGCUCCGGCUGUCGAAGACGAUGAUAAAUGAUCAUUACAUGCCAAUGUACAAGAAGAUGAUGGAGUUGUUGAUCAGGGAAUUAGAAAAUGAGCUCUUGUAGAAGGGAAUCUCAUUAAAAAGAAUCCUAUGUUGGCCUUUUGUGUAUCCGUAUAAACAGGAUUCGAAUUCUAAUUUACUACAGAUGUUUUCAGGUGUGAAAGUGAAACUGUGAACAUUAUCAUAAUUAUUUAACCUUUUCCCAACUGCCUCUAUCCUCAAGUAAGCAAUUAAAGUUAAAUAAAAGAGUAAUUUUAGA